UCAAGUUGGAGACCAGUGUCGGGCGCAAGAUCAGAUCACUCUUCCUAGAGCUGUGGCUUUAAUAGAUUUGGAACCAUUUAACGUUGCUUUUUGUAGCAUAGCAAACGAUUUGUGUUAUAACAGCAUCGCUAUAUACCAUUUUGAUAUCAUUAGUUUUCUCAGUGAAACAAAAUUAAAAGGGUGGAACCAAAUUUCGAGGAGAUUGAUUAAAGAUGUCGUCCAACAAUAACAACAAGUUCUGUGUGGUGGUUCUACUGGUGUGCUGUGCCUUCAUCACAGCCACGGUGGGCGUGGUCCUCAAGCCUGCUAAUUCUUCUGAUGAUGAGGUUUGGCUCUUCGCGGUUAGUGACUAUGACAACCGAUUGGAAUAUCUGGACCCUGUAACACAUCAGAUCAAAGGAUACAAUGCCGACAUCAUCGAUGCAGUUUGUGACAUAGCCAACAAGAACUGUGAGUUGGUAUGGGAUUUGUACAGUAACUGUUGGUACAGCCGAUCAAACGAGAGAGCCCACGGCGGAGUCGGUCUGAUGGCCAAAUGGUACACCGCAUGCACAGGAUGGGUCCAAACCUAUGAUCGUCUUCUAACCUUCGACUUCACACUACCAUUCUCCCAGAAGGGAAAGGUCGCCCUCUACGCCCAAAGUGGAAGCAGUCAGGAUUACUCUGAUCUUUCAGGACUCAAAGUUGGUUUCCUAGAAAUGUGGUUCUCUGAUGAGGCUUGUCUGUCUCGUUUCACCACCGAUUCGUCCUUCCCCAUCGUGGGAGCAGAUCUGCCAUCCGAUAGCCAAAAGAUCACCUACGUUACCGCGAAAGACCUGAUCGCCGCCGUGCAGAAUGGAGAUGUCGACGUCGCAUUCAGUGCCCGACUUCCCCAACUUGACGCUGCCCUGGAAACUAUUUCUCCCGCGGACUUUCCGAAUAUCUGCGUAGCGGGUGGUGGAAGUAUGAUGACUUCAAAGGCUAACAAAGAAUUCGUCCGCUGGUGGGACGAUGCAUUCAGUAGACUCGUCGGGACCAGCCGUUACGACACGAUCUGUCAGAAUAUCGUCGACGAGCAUGGUGACAUUCCUGGUUAUGAUGCCUCCGAUAUCUGCAUCGGUUACUAAGCACAACGGAACAAUGACCUCUGACGUCAUCUUCUACGAAAUACAUGAAAUAAUUUUCAAAUAAAACAGAGAUGAAAAAAUAGAUAAUAAAGAUAUCAACCGAGAAAGCAUUAAUGUUAGACCUGUACUAUCAUCUUGUUCAUUACAAAGAAUAACCAUUAUUUUCCAAUCACAUUGAGUAGCAAAAAUGAAUUUGUUUUGCAUAUCCAUAAUCGCUGUAUUUUAAUGUUUACAUCUUUAAAAUUUCAUAUACAAAUGAAAUUCAAAUACAAAUGAACUUUAUUCAAAAGGUCCGAUUGCUAAAGGAGUUUGAAAUUUUAUCACAAGAAUUAGAACACGAAAGUAGGUGGAAUCAGGCCUACUAUUAGGAAGCUUUUAACUUCAUGUAUAAUUAAAUCUCAUGAUUAUCUCAAUCAUUAUAUUAUGGUGUUCACACACACUCGCACAUGCAUGCACAAACUCACGUCAGAUUAUAAUUGUAGCAAACUUGUAACAUUGUGUAUCUGAGUUAAUGUGACAAUGAUGAGUUUCCCAAUAGAAAUUUUCAGUUAAAAUUGACACAGUGUCUUAGAAAAACGUCCAUGUGAAAUGAUAAACAUGCUUAUGUUUGCAUUAAUACUCAAUUACUGAUUUGAUUUGAUUUAAAAUUGAGUUGUAUUUGACCUAGAAGUCUACUUUGAUCUACCAACAGCGACACAGGUGCGCAGAUUUAGGGAUAGGACACUUUGAAUUAGAAUCAUUAUUUUAUCAAUUUAUUGUUAAAUAUAAACCCUGUUGAAAUAGUACUAAAGAAAUAUAAACAAUAUUAUCAUUAAAAAGUGAAAUUGUAGCAUGUAUUUAGUUUGAUAGUAUUUUAGGGGUAAGUGUAUGAAGUAGCAGUAAAAACAGUAGUUCCGCGUGUUUGAAUUUAUGUGUAUGGCAUUGUAUACUAAUCUUUUCUUUACAUUGUAGAUUUUGAUAUAAUGUAGGCCUCAGGGGCGUACGCAGGAUUUU